AUGGAAAAUGAAAGAGAUGUGAAUGAGGAUGUAGUGUUGUGGAAGAGAAAACGAUACUUGGUCUUUAUACUCACCUGCGUGGGUUUUGUGAAUAUUUCACUAAUGAGAAGCUACCUAGCAGUGACUAUUGUUGACAUGACGGCUAUAAAGUCGGUUAGCCUAGAAAAUGGAACAAUUGCUCAAGUGCAGGAAUACGGUUGGAGUUCGCAAGUUCAAGGUCUCAUCCUAAGUGCCUUCUCCUACGGAUAUCUCGUUACGCAGCUCACUGGUGGCAUUCUCUGCACAAAAUUUGGUGGAACUUAUGUUUUAGUUGUGGGUAUUGCCUUCACAGGACUUCUUACAAUCCUUACACCUUAUGUUGCAGCUGAAGACUACACAUGGAUUAUUGUUUUGAGAACUCUUCAGGGUUUAAUGGAUGGUCCAUGCUAUCCUGCACUUUUAGCUCUCGUAACACGCUGGGUCCCAAUUCAGGAGCGCACGAGUAUGAUUUCUCUUGCACUCUUUGGGCUAAUGCUUGGCUCUGUUAUCACACUUCCAAUCACGGGAGCUAUCACUGUGACAUUUGGAUGGCAGAGUGCAUCUCAUAUCCUUGGAGCGUGUGGAUUGAUCUGGGCUGUGCUAUAUGGAAUAAUGGUAAAAGCCGGACCUGAAGUUGAUUCACAUUGUUCAGAGAAAGAGAAGAAAUUUAUCCUGCAGAACCUAAAGGGGGUGUCUGUGGGUAAAAAGUACAAAAUUCCAUGGAAGGGAAUUCUGACAUCACCAGCAGUCUGGUCCAUUGGUAUUGUUUGCUUCGCUCAGAUGUUGGGAAGCUCAAUCUUCUUGUCGCAGUUGCCAAGAUUCUUUACAGAUAUAAUGAAGCUAAACAUCGAUGAUGCCAGCUAUCUAUCAGCUAUCCCAUUCAUUUUCCUCUGCGUGACUAUGCUUUUCUCAGGUAUUGUCGUUGACAUGGUUAUACGAAAGAAAAUCCUGGGAGUCCGUCAGACACGACGCUACUUUACACUCUUCGCCUUUUUCCUAGAAGGUUCUUUUGUUGUAGCUGCAUCACAAUCAACGGAUAAAAUUAGCUUCAUCACCUACCUAACGAUUGGUGUAAUGUGGGAGCCUUUAGCCAUUUCCUGUGCUACGGUGAAUGUUGUGGAUUUGUGUCCUGUUUCAGCACCAAUUAUCCUUUCCAUGACAGCAACGUUAUCAGGAUCAGCAGGAAUCAUUGCACCAAUUCUUGUGGGAUAUUUAACAGCAGGGAAAACCCUAGAAGAAUGGCAAAUAGUCUUCUAUAUUGUUGCCUUCUUUUACUUUUUGAGUUCAAUUAUUUAUUGCAUUUGUAGCAAGGCUGGGAUUCAAGAAUGGUCGCCAGUUAAGAAAGAACAUGAAGGAACCAAUGAAACUGUUGCAUGAAUAUUUUUGUACUUAAAAAAUAAAUCGCAAAAUAAAGAAAA